AUGGCUCAACUCCAUAUCACCGCACUCCUCGCCAUCUUGCUGCUCUUUCUCAGCUCUGUCAUUUCCGCGACUACUGUGCAUACCUACCGAGACUGUACCACCUCUCAGCGUGAGAACAUCGACGAAUGGGUGGCAGAAGUAAUGACCCGCAUCAAGCAAGUGGUCGAGGCAGAUGGCAUUCCCGAUGACUGGGUGGAACCCGGAGAACAGCCUCCCACGAAAGGCGAAGUGUUUCACCUCACUCGCUUGUCUAUCGCCGUCCUGCAAAUCCCACCAGCUCUCACCUUCAUCUGCCCUAAGCCAGGAUCCACAGUCGGAAGAUACUGCUCCGACGACAUGGCCGCUGGGAGCUUCGACGCAUCAGAGGCGAAUUGGCUUUUGCCAGAGCGAUGGGACCGCAACUCUCUGACGCUGUGCCCGGCGCCUCAAAUAGAGGGGCAUGAGCAGAAGAUGAACACGGGCACUAUCCAUAGUGUGCUCUUGAACGAUGCGGAGAAGCGACUUGAGGCUCGUGAGGAUCUUUGA